AGAUGUCAGAUAAAACCGCGAAACGUCCGGGAGUUGGCGUCGGGGUGCUGGUGACCGACCCAGCCCACCCGGGCUGUGUUCUCCUGGGGAAACGGAAAAGCCCAAUGGGCAACGGGACGUACCAGCUCCCCGGAGGCCACCUGGAGUUCGGGGAGACAUGGGAAGCUUGCGCUCGCAGAGAGGUGAUGGAGGAAGCAGGGGUGCGCUUGGGAGACGUCCGCUUCGCCUCCGUGGUGAACUCCAUCCGACUGCAGGAGCAGUACCACUACGUCACCAUAUUCAUGGAGGGAGAACUGGAGUCAGGAGAGCCGGAGAACCUGGAGCCGGAGAAGAACGAGGGGUGGACCUGGACUGCGUGGGACCGGUUCCCUCCAGAGGGUCAGCUCUUCUUGCCCCUGGCAGAUCUAAGGCAACAAGGCUUCAGCGCCGCUCAGGACAAGCGGCGCUGAAACUCUGCUUUGAAACGGCAAGGACUCAACAGGUGCACCUCUUUCAUCAUGGGUUAUGGUAGACACCGUAGUAUAUACCGGAUUAAUUUAGAUUUUAAGCAAAUUGUAGGAGCCAUUAGUGUGUAGAUACAGCUGUAUUGUCAGUAUAGGGAACUGGAAUUAAACGGGAACCUCACCCAACGACACAAACGGCCUCUUUGUGAAAGCGAGCGAGGAACAGGAUCGACCAGCCGAUGGGCGAGGACGGAAAUCCGGCACUACCAAAGUAAAAACCCAUCUCACCUGGAGAAUGGAGAUCAUUGGAAACACACACACACACACACCGCUGGAAGACAGCGCUACUUGUUGUUGUAUUUUAUUCAGUUAAUCAUUGUAUUAGUAUACAAUAUUAUUCUAUAUAAUAUACAAAACAGAAAGACUGAAAAGGUAGAGGAAGAAGCAAAAACAUUUGUUGAAAAUGGAUGAUUGAUGUGCAUCAUGAUGAUGUUGAAACGGAACUCACAGAAAUGAAAUGUGAUGCCACGGGAAAAAAAGAACAAGAAAGUUCACAGUGAAAGGCUUCAGGAGGAAAGGAAAUAAAAUGUUGUACGAGUAGGCAAA